CAAAAUUAAGAAAUUAGUUGAGAGAGAUAUGACGAAGGAUGAAGAGCUUCCUUCACUGAUCAAAGCCAUCAGCGACCACGAGGUUGCUGGUUUUGAUGGCGUAGAAGACCCCCACGCAUCACUUUCUGGAAUCGAAGCAGCUGAAAUCGAGACGCAUUCUGUUUCGAUCAGCAUGCCGCUUUCACCUCUCAAGCACAAAACAAAGAGAGUUCUGUUCGACGACGACAGCACAAAUCUGGCCUCUGCUCCAACCACCAUGUUUUACUCCCAACCAAUCCCAAAACCCUCUGCCCUCCACCAGGCCAUCACCAACGGCAAAUCCGUCCCGCUCCCGCCUCGAAUCUACAAGCUCAGAGACAAGAGGUACGACUCUUUCAAGACAUGGUCGGGCAAACUCGAGCGGCAGCUCACCAAUCUCCGCGGCGGCCGCCCUCGCGAACGAGACUCUAACCGCGUCGAAAUGGGAAGCGUCCCUGUAGACCGAUACUUCGACGCCUUAGAGGGCCCAGAACUAGACGUCUUGCGUCCGUCGGAGGAAAUACUUCUGCCGGAGGACAAGCUUUGGCCGUUCCUUCUCCGGUUUCCGGUCUCGUCGUUCGGUAUCUGCCUGGGCGUGAGCAGCCAAGCCAUCAUGUGGAAGACGAUAUCUUCUACGGAAUCCACAAGGUUUCUCCACAUAAGCCCGCACAUAAACCAGGUGUUCUGGUUCAUCUCCAUCGCGUUGAUCGCGGCCGUGGCUGCCAUCUACGCGCUAAAGCUCGUCUUCUACUGGGAAGCCGUCCGCCGCGAGUACCACCACCCGAUCCGCGUCAACUUCUUUUUCGCUCCGUGGAUCGCGCUCCUCUUCCUCGCGAUGGGAAUCCCGCCGUCGAUCAAUAAAACUCUGCCGAAACCGCUCUGGUACGUCCUAAUGACUCCCAUCUUCUGCCUCGAGGUGAAGAUCUACGGCCAGUGGAUGUCGGGAGGCCAGCGGCGGCUGUCCAAGGUGGCAAACCCCUGCAACCACCUGUCAGUGGUCGGAAACUUCGUCGGCGCCUUGUUAGGGGCGUCGAUGGGGAUAAAAGAAGGGCCUAUUUUCUUCUUCGCCAUUGGAUUGGCUCACUACACUGUUUUGUUUGUGACGCUCUAUCAGAGACUUCCGACGAACGAGACGCUUCCCAAAGAGCUUCAUCCGGUCUUCUUCCUCUUCGUUGCUGCACCUAGCGUCGCGUCCAUGGCGUGGGCGAAGAUGGUCGGGUCUUUCGAUUUCGGGUCGCGGAUCGCCUACUUCAUCGCCAUGUUCCUCUAUCUGUCCUUGGCGGUCCGAGUGAAUUUCUUUAGAGGGAUAAGAUUCUCGCUGGCGUGGUGGGCGUACACGUUUCCGAUGACGGGAGCAGCGAUCGCGACCAUAAGGUACUCGAGCGCGGUGGAUAACGCGGUGACGAAGACGUUUGCGGUGAUACUGUGCCUUGUGGCGACGUUUAUAGUGGCGGCGCUGCUUGUGGUAACGGUGAUCCAUGCCUUUAUAUUAGGGGAUUUGUUUCCCAACGACAUGGCCAUUGCUAUAAGUGAGAGGAGGCCCAAAUCAUCCACCACCACGCGGAGAUGGUACCACAGGCGAGCAGCCAGCUCCGACGCCACCGUCGACCACUAUCUUAAGUUUUCCGAUCCCAAAGACGCCGACGUGGUGGAGACUCAACCAGCUGAACCCUGAGAUGAGGACUAAAUCUUUUUUUUUCUUGAGUUCUAAUAAACCUUUUGUAAAAUAGUAUGAGGGAUUUUUGUCGAGCAUAAUUGGAAUAUUGACGUGUCAUCAAAUGUUA